AUGAAGGUCAUCGCUCCCCUCGUCCUCGCCCUCCUCGCCGUCGUCUCGGCCCAGCCCUUCCAGGAGGGUCUCGCCGGCCGCCCCGCCAAGCGCGGCCACCAGGCUCAGCUCGAGAAGAACGACGUCUACGCCGACAAGCAGGCUUGGAAGCGUACCGGUGACUGGCACGACCACCACGGCGACAAGUGCUCCGACUUCUACUGCCGCCUGCAGUGCAAGGAGCAGGGCUUCUGCCGCUCCGAGUGCCGCAACGGCAAGUGCAAGUGCUCUGUCCGCCGCGACCAGCACGGCAAGUGCAACGUCCCUUCGAAGAAGCCCCACCCGCCGAGGCCUACCAACGGCCAUGGCCACGGUAACGGCCACGGCCGGGGUCACGACCACGACGAGGACGGCCAGGGUGACAACGAGUAA